AUGAUGGCGCGAGAACUGGGAGGCGUGGUCAAUAGUCGGCUUAGGGUCUAUGGAACAAGCAAUGUCCGCGUUUGUGAUGCCAGUGUCGUACCGUUGCAGGUUAGUGGGCAUCUGGGUAGUACCGUGUACGCUGUUGCGGAGAAGGCGAGUGACUUGAUCAAGGAGGAUUUACUGGAUAGGCCGUAG